AGGUUGCUAUCUUCACAAAUUUAAUGUGGGAUCGAUGCGACUUGUUAAAAAUUGAAAUGGAAUAUUACUAAAAAGAACAGGAUUCUGAACAAAAUGAACCGUCAUCAAGUUUUAACUGGAGCUGUUAAUCCAGGGGAUUCUUGUUUUGCCAUUGGAUAUGUAGACGGAGUACCAUUUACGGCCUAUGCAUCAGGAUGUGAUAUAGUGAUCUUGGCCAGUGACUUCCAGCGCACACAGAUUAUCCCUGGUGAGAAACAUGGUAACAUUCAAGUGGGCUGUAUCGACUGCUCCUCAGAAAAUGGAAAGAUUGCUGCAUCUUACGCAAACCAGGUCUACAUAUUUGAACCGUCUCCCGUCGCUCAAAAGAAGAACUCAAAUCAUAAGCUUGAAUACCAGUGGGAGGAGACUGGAAGCUUUAAGAUCGACUCGCUGGUGAGCAACCUGUCAUGGAAUCAGGAUGGAACCAAACUUCUGACUGGGAGCAACGCCAUCCAGCUGUGGGCUUGUGAGAAGGUGGUGACGAUAGAAGUGAGUGAUGCUGGAGAGGAGACUAGUCAGCCGGCGGACAAACAUAUCCCAGGAUACACCUGGCAGUGCUCAUGGCAGUGCAAAACUGCCACUCCCAUAUACCACCUCAAGUUUUCAGCCGACGGUCAGUUCUUUGCGUCAGCUGGAAAGGCUGAUAGGUUAGUCAAGAUAUGGUACCAGAACAGACACCCUAGUAUCGGGUCUGGAACCGCCAAGGACCAGGCCCAAGAUGACUCCAACAAGACCGAUAGCUACAGCUUUAUCUACAUCGCUCACCCCAGGGCCGUCACUGGAUUCUCCUGGAGAAAAACAAGCAAGUACAUGCCAAGUGGUGCCGUUGCCAACGUUCUGGUCACAUCGUGCCGUGACAACAUCUGCCGCCUGUGGUGCGAGACUCUCCUCCCUGACACGACAUCAUCAAAGGGAACAUCCAAGUAUAGCAAGCAUGUUGAGAACACCAAGGAGCAUACGACCACAACCACCAAGAGGCCCCAAUUCGGUCUCAACCUCAAACCAAGGAAAAAGAGGAAGCAGGUUGAGCAUGCCAUUCCCUUACCGAGUCAGAAGAAAGAACAUGAGCUGCAUAGGUACUACCACGGCAAGGUGCAGAGAAAUGGACUAGGGGGGAAUCCCCUCCACUUUCACAUUGCAGCUACCAUAAACCCUAACACAGACAUUCCACUCCUGCCAGCCAUCGGCACCAUGACCAAGGGCAGCGCCCCCAACUUUGUGGUCAACUGGCUCAACAACAAGGAGCUCCAGUUCACCCUGGCGGCCGAGACGCUACUCCAGACCGGAAGAGAGUCUCGGAACAACAUCUCCAACACCACCCUAGCCCCCGAUGAGGAGGUAGAUGGUGACACUUCUAUCGAUCAGGGGACGACCUCGGACGAUGAUGACAUUCCAACAGUGAAAAUACAUGUUGAAAACUCCUCUCCAGACCUAACCAAAGAAGCCAAUACCGGCAGCCCUCGUAUCCAGUUACCAACACGUCCGGAUAGUUUGAACACCAGUGCAUUCUCACCACCCAGCAGUACUCUUCCCAACACAGACGCACUGGACAUCCAGGAGAAGCGGUCCAUUGAGAAGAGGUUCCAGGCACUGAUCAAGGAAUGGCACUGCAGUCCAGAUAUGCUUUACAGCAUCCAUCCAAUUGAUGGGUCCUUUCUGCUUUGGUUGGUGGAUUGGAUGGAUGAGCACAUCCCUGGUGUCCAUCGGCAACCCCAGGUCAGCUUCUCGUGCCGCAUCCCACAUUCCUUCCCUACGUUCGAUGCCACCACCCUGUGCAACAACCUGGUGUUGUAUCGGAGCAACCUGACCAUGGACCCUCGAGCCAGCAAGCGAUUGAUGGACCCCUUAUCCCCUGUGGAUAGCUCUGGCCUGACCCCCAGCUACAGUUUUGCCAAGUACCUGAGCCAGGUGCCUUCUGGUGUGGAUAUCUUUGCCUUUACGCCAAAGGUGUCCAUGCUUUCGAAGCACACCAAUGGCUCAUUGAAUCAGUGGGAGAUCAGUUUUCAGGAGGGGUCCAAGUUCCAGACUGUCCUGAAUGUCAACCACGUUGCGCGCUCCUGCGGUCAUCGCUUUAGCCUCAAUCACCUCGCCUGCCAUCCAAUCUUGCCUCUCCUCCUCACCACUUCCCAUCAUAACAUCCCCAAGGUUGAAGUGGACUUUGAUGUGGCCACGAGCCGCAGCCGAAGGACUUCCAUGAUAUCGCGGAGAGCGUCCAUUGUGAAACGUGCCAGCAUGGUGAUCGAAGCGACAGGGCAGAACCCUGUCACACCCGGCGCGAUAAACCUCUUUGGCAAAAACAUUCUCUCGGAGAGUGAGCACAACCGUCUGAUGACACUCUACAACUCCUCCGUGGAAGGAUCAACUCAGGAUUUCAAUGAAAAGGACGAUAUCAUUCUCCCAGACGAGCUGAUGGAGCAGGUCAACGCCGAGCUCAACUGGCCAGACAUGAGCGCUCCAACAGGACUCUGCAGCGAACUCAUCCUGUGGAGGGUCUUCAAUGUUGGUCCGCUCGGGAAAGGAGGCGGGGUAAUGGAGCUGGCACGCAUCAACUCUCCUUUUGUGUCUGCCUUCUCCCACAUUGCUUGGAUGCCCAGCCUCCUACCCAGCUCCUGCUUGGGACCCAUCUCCAACUCUCCCAGUGCAUGCUUCAUUGCAUCUGAUGGGUACAGUCUUCGGCUGUUCCAGGCAGUCAUCGAUGCUCGCUCUCUGCUCAAUGAGAUAACACCCAGCAGCAACCAGCUUGAGGGUUACCUGAGCAGUAGCUCUCCAGUCACAGCCUUCCUGCUCCAGAAUGCAGAGGAAAGCGAAGAGGAUGACGAUGAUGACGGGAAGAAAGUUCCCAAGUGUCCCCAGGUCAUCAGUCUCCAGUCCACCUCCAGACCAGGCUGUAUCAUCGAGCUGGACACACUCAACGAUGCCAAACAGAAUUGGCAGAACGUGCAGCUGAUGCAUGUGUAUCAGCAGCAGUUCAUCUCGGGUCCUGACAGCAAGAUCAGCCACUCCCGGUCCAGCCACCGACUGGGCGGCAGUGCCAACUCUUCCCCGCUCCACACCAGUCUCUUCGAGGAGCGCUUCUUCCUGGUGGUCGUAGAGAGGAAACUGACCGGUCAGCCCAUGGUCCACAUGUGGUACAUUCGGCUGGAGAGGGAUGUGUCCAAGGGUGGAGCGCCCUGUGAUGGCUUAGAUUCUGAUGAGGAAUCUCAGUUGGAUGACGAUAUUCCAGAUGAUUCUUCCAGUGAUUUCUCAGAUGGAGAUGCAUCGAACCAGUACGACUCUGAGAAGAGUACUACCCAGGUCUCCAGCAAGAUCAAAACCUUCUCCUGGAAAGUGUGCAGUCAGAAGCUGGACCUUCCUUCCGGGGUGGAGGUCGUCAGUGCCACACCAGCCGCAGGUCAUCUGAGUUCGUCCAGCAUUUACCCAGCUUGCGUUGCGCCCUACCUCUUCGCAACGGCUUGUUCAGAUGGGAAACUGCGCUUCUGGAAGUGUAAUAUGUCAUCAGGGGAUGGUUCCCAGAGUAGCUUUGAUCAGGGUGAGGAGUUGCCAGGGGAGAUUGACCCUUCCAAAAAAGAUGAUUACACAAGAGCUGAGUACCGUUGGGAGGAGUGGAAGCUGCUUGUUCAGCCUGAGACGGAUAGUUCACUUGGUGUUGCAGGCGUGCCUGUUGCACUAAGUUCUGCAUACAAUGGACGCAUUGCUUGCAUUUCCAGGACAAGUCCACACCAUGAACACCACAACGCUGACCUGAUACCACUGAAGUUGGCUAUCUAUGAGUGCGAGUCUACGGGAGGAUCGGAGUGGAUGAUUGAAGAAGCCAUUGACCUUGGGAUGCUCAACCUGAAAGCUUGGAUGCGACAAGAAGACGACGAAGUCCCAGAAUCGGAGGUGAUCAACUACAAGACGAUGAAACGUAGCUCUAAGGUGAAUGACUUCCUCCACAUCUCGGCAUCACCGAACUCCAGUUGCGGCAGUCCGCCAUCUCCAGAGAACCUGCCAGCUGUUCUGACGCAGCGCAAGCGCAGCAUCCUCAGGGCGAAGCAGUCACAGUAUGAUGAUGCAGGACUCCCUGUACAGCUCUCUUGGGUCUCCAAAGAGGACGGCACCCAUAUUCUAACCGUUGGCAUGGGAUCCAAAGUAGUUGUCUUUGCACCUGUUUCAACAGAGUUUGUAGAAGCAGGAGCUAAUGGCGUACCUGAUGAUAUCAUAACACAGCAAACAGGUCUUCAGCGAGUGGCAACCAUGGGGGAAACCACAAGGUUAAGAUGGCUGCCACUAAGAACAGUCAAUCUAAGUUCAGUGGAUGGGAUUGCACCACAUUCCAAGAUGCUGUCAUGGGUCAGAGCAGGAAUUCUUGUGGUUGGAUUGCAGAAUGAGAUGCAUGUAUAUAGUCAGUGGAGAGAGGAGAACUGGAGAUCCAGGAGACGAAAGUACAGGAGGCCAGUACCAAGCACGACAGAGACGAUUGUCUCUCAGAAGAGCACAAAUUCCAACUUGUCUGUCAAAAUCCAGACAAUCCCCAUGUCAAGGACAGACAGAGAGAAGUCUUACAAUGACAUGUCUGAGCUCCUCCGAGAGUCCACGAUGAUGUCUUCUAGCCAAGAGCAGGAGAAUGAUAAUGAUGAUAUCAAGCAAGACUUGGGUCUCUUUGAAAUCUCCUACUCCACGUGCCCUGUUCUUCCACAGUACCAUCCUAAACAACUCAUGGGUUUGAUGAGCAGUGGGAAGAUUCGAAGAGUCAAGGCCAUUCUCGUUCACCUGGUCAACUGCAUUGCUGGUGAGGAUGCAGUCAAGCAGUCCCUCCUGGCUGGGGUCUCUCAAGAUAGAGACCAGGAUGAUGAGGAAGCAAAGUUUCGCCGCAACUUGCGAACACUGUCGGUGGCACACAGUCCUGUUGAGUCUUCUGUCCUGGAUGACAGUGGUCCCCAGCCAGACUACAUCGAACUUGCAUCAGUCCCACCUCUUCCGCUCUACCGUCUCACGUCUGCAGACACACCUGUCACCGUCACAACCGCUCCGACGGUUGCCAAGACGACUCGUCCAACCAGCAUUCUUGGUCUACCUGAUGAAAUCACCAUGGUGGAUACCCAGGACUACACCCAGCUCUUCUCGACCAGCCUAGACGCAUUCCCAUCUUCUCUCGAUGCAGAAGGCGAACUCAGAUCGCCUCAAGAUGGUGCUGCGUCGUUGGCCAGCAAGCUCAAAGACCCUACGUACUUCACCGUAGGACAGGCACAGCUACUCACCAACUACCUGACUCAUAUGCACUUGCCAGGAUUGUCCUCUCAGGAUCAGAUGCAUCUACUAGCUCUUGCUGAUACCAUAGCUUCCACCAAGACUGAGAUCACACCACACAGUGGAGGCAGUGCAGGGACCGUGAUUGCCAGGGAAGGAGCAGGCUAUGCAACCGUUGAUAACUCAGAUUCAUCUCAUGCAGGUGAAACUCUGGAUGAAUGUGGAUUGAGAUUCUUACUUGCCAUGAGGUUCCACAUCUGCCUCACUAAAUCUCUUCCAAGACAUCAACAGGUACAACUGAAGCACCAGGGAAUUGGGAGCUGCCACUUUGCUUGGGCGUUUCACUCUGAGGCUGAGGAGGAGCUCCUGUCGCUCAUACCGGGUCUUCAGAAGGGAACACCCACCUGGGCGGAGCUUCGGUCGGUGGGCGUCGGCUGGUGGGUCAGGAACAACACCACACUCAAGAGAUGCAUGGAGAAGGUUGCCAAGUCUCAGUUCCAGGCUCAGAAGAACCCGUUGGAUUCAGCCCUCUUCUACCUGGCUAUGAAGAAGAAGAAUGUAGUUUGGGGUUUGUUCAGGUCCAUCUCAGACCAACGCAUGACGCAGUUCUUCCGUAACGACUUCAACACCGAUCGCUGGCGCAAGGCUGCUCUGAAGAAUGCCUUUGCCCUGCUUGGCAGGCAGCGCUUUGAGCAUGCAGCAGCCUUCUUCCUCCUGGCAGGGUCCCUUGAGGAUGCCGUAGAGGUCUGCAUGAACAACCUAGGGGAUGUCCAGCUGGCUAUGGUGGUGGCCAGGCUGUACGAGGAUGAAGAGAUGCCAGCCAAACAGAAGGAGAUACUCAGAUACAAAAUUCUUGCUCAAGAUGAGAAGGGUGAGAAGUUGAUGGAAACUCAGCCUCACUCUGAUCCUUUCCUGAGGAGUAUAGCCUUCUGGAUGCUUAAAGACUACCCUGCCUCUCUGAAGACCUUGCUGCAGUCUUCCAGCCAGGAGACCAAUGGUCCCAAGAACAACCUACCUGAUGGACAGGCCACAGGGGAUCAUGAAGAUCAGAAAGGAGAGAGGGCAAAUCCAGAUGUCUUCAACUUCUACAACUACCUGCGGACACAUCCUCUCCUGUUGCGUCGACAGCUUGCGGAUGCCAGCAAGGGAAGCCAAGGAGCGGCGUUGAUGAUCUCUGGUGGAGGCGUAGGUGGCUUUGGAAAUACAUCUGUGGGAGGUGACCAACUGGUCAAGAACGAGAUCACUCCAGAGGAGAGGCGGUUGUUCUUCACUACAGCGCAUGCCCACCUUUCUGCAGGGUGCCCGCUGUUAGCUUUGGAUGUCUUAGCAAAGAUCCCUAAAGUGAGGACUAAAACAAAAGAAGAGGAUAACAAGAUGGUGGAGAGCAAGAGUGCUGAUGACCUUCCAAGUAGCAACAUGAUCUCAACGGGAACCAUCGAUACGGGGUUCUCAAGUGCCAGCUUCACGGGUUCAUCAUCAAAGGACAGUGGGAUGAGUAUGGACUGGGGGGCACCGGUCAGCAGUCAGUUGACCAAUGGACACAAGAGUGAUUCAGGGUUAGAAAUGGACUGGGGUGCACCAAUAGGGGGUAGGUUAGAAGAGGAAGAUCUCUCUCUGGAUUGGGGUGGUGAUGAUGAUGAUGAUGAUAGUGAUGGGGAAGGUAAGGAGGAAGGUAAAAAACUAGAACAGAAGAAGUCCAGUUCUUCAGAUGAUAGUAAUAACGCAACCCUAGUGAAUGGCCUGGGUGAUAGUACUAGUGAGAAGAAUGAUGGUUCAGUGGUUAGUGAUGACAAUCAAGGCAAGAUAGACAUCAUAGCUCAGCAGCUCAAGUUCACCUGCUGCCUGAAGAUCAUGAUGGAGGAGCUGCGGACACUGGCCACUGGCUUUGAGGUGGACGGCGGUCAGCUUCGCUACCAGCUCUACAUUUGGUUGGAGCAACAGGUAGAGACUCUCCAGCAGCUUUGUAAUUACGGCAGCCCUGUUACGGCCAAGAACACUGCCGAAGAUGAUGAGAUGGAUGAGCAGGACGGAGCUGAGACCAACGGGGGUCAGGGAACGCUUUACGAGCAGCUGCAGGCGAAGCGAUUGGAUCUGGAGGAGAAGAGACAGAGGGCCGUCAGACGGAAACGAUGGCUGCGUGACAAUCACCACCUCCUGCGGACACUCGUCAGCUACACCAUGCUGUAUGGAGCCAACGGAGGUGGGCUGGCAUCCGUUGCAAUGGAGCUAGUUCUCCUGGUCCAGGAGCUCCAGCAGGAGCGCAUUGUCCAGCAGCUGUCAUCUCCUCUGCCUAUCCCAACGACACUCCCCUUGAUGUCUGCAAGCAUCGCCAACUGCAAGACGGUGGUGACUGACCCUAUCCUUUACCUCAGACUUCACAUCCACAGCGUCCUUCGAACCGUCUUGGAUUUCAGUGCUCCACCAUCACCUAACCAUCACUCGCCCAUCAUAUCGAUCGUCCACGCACUCAGUGCAGCUCUCUCUGCUUGCAUCUACCAGAGCCUGUGUGAUAGUGAUUCUUUCAGUGCAUCUAUUGGAAAGUCAAAGGUCAUAGGAAUGGAUGCCUACACCCCUGGGGGUAGAAGUCAUGUGAUGUACAGGGUUGGUCACCUGGUGAGCGUGGGCAGGAAACGUAGCAGACAUCAGAGUCAGGAGCAGAACAAUCUCAGUAUCACAUCACCUCCAGGAAAAUGGCCAGGUGUAGCGACAUACCAGGCCCUCCUGGCCAGCGAGAGGGACGAUGACAUCCCUAGUCCAAACAUCCAGCUCUGUGAGGGUCUCGUGGCGGUCUACAUGAGCCUUCUCCUCCAUGCCCUCUCCAACAACAACGCCAAUGACCUCUUCAGGCUGGUCGGCCACGACCUCAACAGCAAGACGUGGGCUUCCGUGUUUGGGGGUGGGGCCAAGGUGGUUGCCCCGAACAAACUCCUAGCAUCAUCAUACAGCUCAUCAAGUGGUGACGAGGCACUAGCCAAGCAGAGGGAUAGACUAGCCCUGAGACUGAUGGGCAAGGCCAGGACAGGAGGUAAAUCUGCUGCAGCUACUGAUGACAAGCCAGUCCUGAGAGAGGUCUUCGUUCCCCCUGAAACCAGUCUUAGGGAUUACUUCCUAGUUAAGCCUUACAUUCCACCCAGCCAGACUGGAACCGAUUACGACUCCAACGCCAGCGACAGCUCCGACGACGACGAGGACCUCAACGACUACAUGGAUGACGAUUACGAUGACACCGGUCCGUUCUCGUCAUCUCGCUCAUCCCGAAGGAAACGGAACGUACCCUUGCCAGGGGAAACGGAACAUUCUGAUGCUAACUCCUAUAGCUGGUGCCUGAUGCGUUGUGCUGUGAUCAAGCUGGUCAUUAGUAAAAUACAGACCUUCCUUCCUAUAGCCGGUAUUGAAUUAGCAGAGCUUCCUGUAGCGACGGCCAUCUUGCAUUCUAUUCUCAAGCUCUUGGAGCAAUGGCAGCAGGCGUGCGUCCGCAAGCUGGACUUGUUUGCCCGACCGCCUCCCGAUUUCCUCUCGGAGACCGGCGGUAGCAGCAUGACCGGCCUCAGCGGACCGGCCAUCCUCAGAUACAAAGGACUCUUGGAUCCUGCCAACACCCCUUUCAGGAAUGACUCCAAGGCAACUCUUCCAGCGAAGAGGCUCUGGAACUUCCUGGUGAGGCAAGAGGUAGUCCAGGAUAUCUUCAUCCAGUACAUCUUCAAGAAGGGCAGUGUCAUGGAAGAUAUGACUGACUCCGUCUCCAUGAGAAGCCCUAGCAAAAGCACCGGCUCUCUCCCCCAAGCAGCUUCACAGGCAAGACUCGUCCACAAAGAACAGGAAAAGAUUUCUGCUUUCUGCUUCAACCAGGCCGACUGGAAGAACAUCUCUAUGAACGGAGAGUUCCAAUCCAACCCGUCCAGUGUAGUCGUGUCCACUCACAGGGGUCUUCUUGAACUGGACAUCUCUCUCCUACUCACACCAGACAACUCCUUCUGGCUGGACGAUGAUGACGGUGGUGACCAACAAACUAAAGGAAAGAACUCCCAAAUGGAAGAUGAAUUCUUCAUGGUGGAGCCUAAGAGCAUCCCGUCUCCUCGCUUGAGCAAGUCCUCAUCCGUUCCAUUCAUCCAGCUCCCUCCUGGUGGCUUCAACCCCGCCUUUCCCUCGGACUCUACCCCGGCACAGACGGGCAGGAGUACACAUGUGAUUACACAUCGGCCAUUGUAUCACAUCAGGAAACUGUCGGCACACCCUCAUCUACCCUACUAUCUGAGUGGGUCUAACGAUGGUAGCGUCCACAUGUGGGAAUGGGGUCACUCUCAGAAGCUCUACACCCACAGGACUCCGGGUCAGUUCCCAAAGGUCACUCAGAUCAAUUUCAAUGACCAGGGUAACAAGUUUGGAGUAUGCGAUGAUGGUGGACAGCUUGCUCUCUGGCAGGUUGGGAUGAACUCACCAUCAGCAACCAAGCCAUUCUGGGGCAUGGCCUGUCACAACAAGACAGCGUAUGACUUUGCUUUCCUAGGAUCAUCCAGUCUACUGGUAACAUCAGGGGUCUCUACUGACAGCAAGAAUGUUUGUCUGUGGGAUACUCUGCUUCCAUUCAGAAAAUGCAUGGUGCAUGGGUUCUCCUGCCAUGAGGGAGGUGUGCCGUCCGUGCUCUACUGCCCUCGCAACCAGACCAUCAUCGCCGGUAGUAAGAAGGGAGAGGUGAGCAUCUUUGACAUCAGACAGCGCAAGCUCCGACACACCUUCCAGGCCCACGAGUCCAGCAUCAGGACGCUGUGUGUCGAUCCCAUGGAGGAGUUCUUCGUGACGGGAUCUGCAGAAGGCAAUAUAAAGGUCUGGUCGCUGUCGGUGCACAGCCUCCUUCACUACUUCCCAGGCCAGCACACCAGGGGUAACUUCUUCCGGCAGUCUGGUAACGGCGUGGUCCAGCUGGCCCUCUUGCCUCCCAACAACCUCUACUCCUGCGGCGCCGACGGCACCAUGAAAUGGCGCAGCCUGAACAUCUCAAGCAACCCGAUAUCGGCAAGAAAAUCCUCGUCCAUUCACGCUUGAGUAAUGAUUGUCUUCUUCACCGCCAAACUUGGAAAUGUGACAAAGCGUAACCAGCUUCACAUUGGAAUCCUGGUGUGCAUGACAAUAGUGUGUUCAGCAGUACCUCAGAAAUGUAAAUGGUAUUUCUGUAAGCUUUAGCGACAAUUCUAGACUCUACGAAAUGAUGAGAGGCAUCAAAAGUCAGUCUCAAUCAGUCGAGAGUCGUGCAGAUGAUUACCCCUAGAAACUGAGGCAAACAGGUCUCUGCUCCUGGCAUUGAUAUUGGCUUUCUACAAAUGUUGGAAAAGCUGUAUUGCAGUAACACAUGAAUCAGAUAGCCUGACAUGCAGGUUUGUAUGUGCUGAUUGUGACACCUCCAAAUUUUCAACCUGGGAUAUCCUAAAUUUCAAUUAUGAUAAUGUCCGCGAGACCUGUCCAGAUGCCGUUCAUUGCAGAAUGUUCAUAUGCUAUUGCUUUAUUGAAGAGGCGCGCCAGCAAUACUUGAGUCAAAAGCUAAGUGAGCAGAGAUCACUUAAUCUGCAGAGAGCUAUAAAGGCAUUAAUUAUAUGUGAAAUUAUAUUAGUUUAUGACUUUCUUCCUCUCAACAGAUUAUUUGAUAGUCAUUGUUAAAACGUUGUCACCUAACCAACAACUAUAAUUUUUUUAAAGAAUUCCAAAUAUUUGAUGUAUAAACCCAUUGUUUGGGAUGCAUAGACUUUGUCACAUUCAGUCAAAUGAUGUUAAGUCAGUAGUACAUGUAUGUUAUUGGGGGUCGAAGGUUGAAUUAAUAUGUUACCAAGCAACGAUCAGAUGGAACAAUGUACAAUAAUCGUUAUAUUUGUGGAGGAAUAUUGUUUAUGUUCAAGAUGAUAUAGUACUAAUCUAUGCAAAGCAAAAUGAUUGUUGUAUAUGUUAUGAAAUGAAAAUUAUAGAUGUCUAUGUGUGUAUUUUAUGUACAUAUCAACAUGAAAUCGAUGGAGCGUGUAUAUUUAUAGCCAUAUACCUGAUAUUAUAUCCAUAUCUCUAUGUCUAAGAAAGUGAAUAAAUCAGUAUUUUUGUGAUCGACUGCGACGCGAUGCCAGUCAGAAUGUGUCGAGUAAUAGUCUAUGAUGCCAAAGGGAUCGACAAAAAUUUAUUAACGUAUAUAGCCAACAUGAAGUGAUUGUACCAUAUCGUUGUAACUGAUCAUUUAACAUUUCUGUUUCCUCUGUUCUGUCAUUUGUCGAUUAUGUGCUGCAUAACUUUGUGAGAAAGCUAUAAAUGAAAUUGGACAAAGGUGGCUACGUUCUCUUGUGAAAGAAAUAUAUAUAUGGUCAAAGAAAUAUACUAUUAUGCAUUUGCCCGGCAAUACGUAUCUGUACAUUGAGUUAAGAAGCUGAACAGUUAAAUGAGAUGCAUUUAAUGAAUUAAGCGAUGUUUGUAAUUUCUCAAUCGUGUAUCUGUAGAAUAGCAUUGUACAUGUGGUAUCACUGGCAUUAUCUGGUCCCGUCCUACUGUAUGCAAAGAACAAAUUUCUAAUUUGGAGCGAUCUAACUAAUGUGUAACCUUUUUCAUUGCAAUGCUGCUCCUAAAACUCCCUGAACUACCUAAAAUGUCCUGUACCCUUUCAUGUUCUACAGCAGCAAGAGUACGGUGAGAUGUGCCAUCUUGCAUGGUUUAUCUUCACAGAUUCCUCACCUUCAUCCUGUGUUGAAAGCGGUGUUAUAGGGUUAAAAGUCGUUGCUUUACUGUCAAAUAGCGAGCAAACAUAGUAGUACAAGGUUCACAGAUUGUUUGUCAGGGAUUUAUUUCUUUGUAUUUUAUAUUUGUGUAAGAUU